AUGAACCCAAUUUUUCUUCAAGGCACUUUCCGCUUGAAUCUAGUUAGUAAAAGGGACCGGGCAGGGGAGAAAGGCAAGGGAAAUGGGGCAGAGGCUCGCCUCCUUGCCGGCAGCACCGCGGAGACUCCGGAAGGGAGCGGCUGCCCGAGCCUCUCCUGGCGAGCGCUGCAGCGGGCAGCGAAUGAAGGGUGGAGCCGGCCCGCUUACACAUUAAGGGCUGCCUGGAUCCCAGCUCGCCGGGGAGGAGGCGUAGAUUUGGCUUUUCGCCGGCUGCCGCGACCAGGCACCUGGGAACCCCGGCAGCCGGACACAAGCGAGCUUUGGGGGUGGGGUGGGGGGACAGAUCCGCGGGACGGGGAGGGGAUGGGCGUGGGGCGUGACAGCAAAUACGGCGGCGAGGAGGCGGCGCCCCGGCAGCGGAGGUGGCCAGACGGGCCUUGCGGCUGCCUCGUGGGGCAAAAGUGAGCAGGCAAGAGACCCGACGAUCAUGGAAGGCAGCUGCUGCCACCGCCAGCAGCAAGACGCGGUGGAAGCGUGGCUGGACGAUCACGGAGACUUUACCCGCUCUUACUUUGUUCGAAAAGCCACCAGAGAGAUGGUCAAUGCAUGGUUUUCUGAGAGAGUUCAUACUAUUCCAGUGUGCAAAGAAGGGACCAAACAUCACAGUGAAGCUUGUUCUUGUUCUGCACGGACUGAAAGCACUAAUUCCACACCACCAACUAGGAAGAUAUCUGCUUCUGAAUUUGACAGACCUCUUAGGCCCAUCGUUAUCAAAGAUUCUGUUGGAACAGUGAGCUUCUUGUCAGAUACUGAAAAGAAGGAACAAAUGCCUCUCCAAUCUCGGACACUUGGAACCAAUGCAGGGGAUCAAUGCUCAAGACUCUUAGAACUGGUAAAGGAUAUUUCUAGUCACCUGGAUGUCACAGCCCUUUGUCAUAAAAUUUUCUUGCACAUCAAUGAACUCAUAGCUGCUGAUCGGUAUUCCCUAUUUCUGGUUUGUGAAGACAGUUCCAAUGAGAAGUUUCUUAUCAGCCGACUCUUUGAUGUUGCAGAAGGUUCCACCUUAGAAGAAGCUUCAAACAACUGCAUCCGCUUGGAAUGGAAUAAGGGAAUUGUAGGCCAUGUGGCAGCCUUUGGCCAGCCUUUGAAUAUCAAGAAUGCCUAUGAGGAUCCCCGAUUCAAUGCUGAAGUGGACCAAAUCACAGGCUAUAAAACACAAAGCAUUCUUUGUAUGCCAAUAAAGAACCAUAGAGAAGAGGUGGUUGGUGUGGCACAAGCAAUCAACAAAAAAUCUGGUGGUGGAGCAACGUUCACUGAGCAAGAUGAGAAGGAUUUUGCUGCUUACCUGGCAUUUUGUGGAAUUGUUCUUCACAAUGCUCAGCUCUAUGAGACUUCCCUUCUUGAAAACAGACGCAAUCAGGUACUUCUUGAUCUUGCCAGUUUAAUAUUUGAGGAACAGCAAUCAUUAGAAGUCAUUUUGAAGAAGAUAGCUGCCACUAUAAUUUCCUUCAUGCAAGUGCAAAAGUGCACCAUUUUCAUAGUGGAUGAAGACUGUUCAGAUUCAUUUUCCAGUGUCUUUCACAUGGAAUAUGAAGAAACAGAAGAUUCCAGUGAGACCCACAAAAGAGACAAUGAUACAAACCAAAUUAAUUAUAUGUAUGCUCAGUAUGUCAAGAAUACUAUGGAGCCUCUUAAUAUUCCACAUGUGCGCCAAGACAAAAGAUUUCCUUGGACAAAUGAUUGUUCUGACUGUACAAAUCAGCACAUUGAAAGCUUGCUCUGCACACCUAUAAAAAAUGGAAAGAAGAAUAAAGUGAUAGGAGUUUGUCAACUUGCAAACAAGAUGGAAGAAAACUCAGGCAAAAUAAAAGCUUUCAAUAGAAAUGAUGAACAGUUUUUGGAAGCUUUUGUUAUUUUCUGUGGCUUAGGGAUCCAGAACACUCAGAUGUAUGAAGCUGUGGAAAGAGCAAUGGCAAAGCAAAUGGUGACAUUAGAGGUGUUGUCCUACCAUGCAUCAGCUGCUGAAGAAGAAACAAAGGAGCUUCAGGUAACAGCGGCUGCUGUUGUACCGUCUGCACAAUCUCUCAGGCUCACUGACUUUUACUUCAGUGACUUUGAACUGUCAGAUAUGGAGACUUCUCUGUGCACAAUCCGGAUGUUUACUGACCUUAACCUUGUACAAAAUUUCCAAAUAAAACAUGAGGUCCUUUGCAGAUGGAUUUUAAGUGUGAGGAAAAAUUAUCGGAAAAAUGUUACUUAUCACAACUGGAGACAUGCUUUUAAUACAGCCCAAUGCAUGUUUGCUGCUUUAAAGACAGGAAAAAUUCAGAACAAACUUACUGAUGUUGAGGUACUUUCUUUGCUGAUUGCAGCUUUGAGCCAUGAUUUAGAUCACAGGGGGGUGAAUAAUUCUUACAUACAGAGAAGUGAGCACCCUCUUGCACAGCUUUAUUGCCACUCAAUAAUGGAACAUCAUCAUUUUGAUCAGUGCCUGAUGAUCCUAAACACACCGGGCAGUCAGAUUCUCAGUGCUCUUUCUAUUGAAGAAUACAAGGCAACAUUGAAAAUCAUCAAGCAAGCUAUUCUUGCCACAGAUUUAGCACUAUACAUAAAAAGAAGAGGAGAGUUUUUUGACCUUCUGCGGAAUAAUCAGUUUAACCUACAAGACCUUUAUCAAAAGGAAUUAUUUUUGGCAAUGCUGAUGACUGCGUGUGACUUAUCGGCAAUAACAAAACCAUGGCCAGUUCAGCAGCGGAUUGCUGAACUUGUAGCUGCAGAAUUCUUUGACCAAGGAGAUAAAGAAAGAAAAGAACUUAACAUUGAACCCACAGAUUUAAUGAACAGAGAAAAGAAAAACAAAAUUCCCAGCAUGCAAGUUGGAUUCAUUGAUGCUAUCUGCUUACAGCUUUAUGAGGCAUUAACUUACAUAUCCGAAGCCUGUUACCCUUUGCUUGAGGGCUGCAGGAAGAACCGGCAGAAAUGGCAAGCUUUAGCUGAAGAGCAGGAAAAUAAUUUGAUCAUUGGAGAAAGCAAUCAGCCCAAACGGAACUGAAAUAGACAUUCAUUAGGACAUAUUGGUUUACAAAGAAGAUAUUUAUGUAUAAUAAUUUGGAGAUACCUAAUGUUUUACUAGACACUGUGUGAAAUAGGUGCAUAAUUUGCCACUGCUGUAUUUUAAAUAACAAGAAACAUAUAUUUUUGCACAGCACUCAAGAACACAAUAUGAAUUAUUUUUAUGUAGUCUGAUGUAUCAUAAUUGUAUAUUUCCAAUCGAUCUGCAACUAGCAGAUCUAAUUAGUCAUGCUCGGUUAGAUAAUGAUAUGGAAGUGGAUAGUUUUUAGGACUGCUUCAGAAAAUUCUUGGUACUGAGUUGUAUAUAGUUAUUUAGUUUUGGUCAAUGGCCAGUACUUUAAAAAUUACUGUAUGUGGCACUUUCUGGUUUAUUUUUUUUAUAAUGCCUCUUCUUAAAUGUAAAUAAUGAAAAAGUAGUGUUGCAUUUGAAAGCUAGAAGUUAACAGAGAAGCAAGCUGGGCAGAAUUUGCUUGGUGUGGGGGAGGAACUAGAGCACUGAAUUAAUAUUGCUUGUUCUAAGAAAUCUGUUUUUUUCAGGGUGAGGCAUGUUGAGCUCAAAGGCUAAAGUACAAGUCUCAAGGGAAUAUGCUGCAUCUGUGAUUUUUCCUGUCAUGGGAAUGCUUGAGUUUACUCAUUAUGUUGCAGCAGCUGAGGAAAAUCUGCAAAUGAAAUUGUCCACAGUUCCUUAAUAAUAACGAAAGGUUUAAGAAAUAUAUAAUUAAAAUUGUAUUACUUAAAUCACAAGGAGUACUUAAGUUGUGAAAAAGCUGGAAACGGGGCACGUAGACAGAAAGAAAGAAAAAAGAUGAAAAUGAUCUUCAGUUCAUUGGAAUCAAAAUACAGUCCUGCUUAAAGAACACUAGAUAGAGAAACCCAUGAAAUCAACAGAGUACACUAUGAAAAAGCCAAGCUGCAUUUUAAAAUGGAAUAAUUGCUCUGGGUAUCUUAAAACAGUAUCAAAAGAUCAGAGAGAAGUCAUAGCCAGAACUACUUAAAAAUAACUGUUCAUAUUUUUUUAAGGAGUGGCUUUUCAAAUGAAGAAUGCUCUAGAAUUUCAUAAGACUGAAUUUAAUGAAGCAGAAUCACAGAGUUUGUAAACUGUAUGGAAUUGCCAGAAGCAUUCAAGGAACUCUAUCAAAAGUAGCUUUAAAGAAAGUUAAAGAAUGUAACAACAGGGAAUGUCAUAGCUCAGUGGUGUCAAACUCAAGGCCCGCAGACUGGGUCUGGCCUGUGGGGUGCUUAGAUCUGGCCGUGGGGCUGCCCUGGAAACAGUGAAGGACCAACCUCUGGUGCCUCUGCCAGUGAAAACAGAGGUUGGGAGGGCUGCAUGCUGCAAAGGAUUGCAGGAGGCCAUCGCAGUGGAAAAUGGAGCUCGGGUCCCCUUUUUUGCUGGCAGAGUGCUCAGGCCAUCACAGGCACCUCCGUCAUGAGUGACAUUGAUUUGGCCAUGCCCACCCUAGCCACGCUCACCUUGGCCCCUCGAGGUCAGACACAACCCUGAUGCGGUCCUCAAUGAAACCGAGUUUGACAUCCCUGGCCUAGAUGAAACAAAUCCUACUGGCAGUCAAGAAAAACAAUGUCCAGGGUUACCAGCUGACAGACAAAAUGAGGACGUGUCCCUUUUGUCCUUAUGUCCUAUGGCUAGCUGACAUAGCUUUAAAAUCAAAUAUUGUCCAGUUUUUUGAGUAUGUAAAAAGCUGUCUCUUCCUGAGCAGCUUUUCUCAAUGGUGCAGCAUUUCCCUAAUAAACGCUAAAUGCAAGUGAACAAGGUCAGCACUGUGACCUUAAUUAGUACCUUCCCUCAGCUGUGUGCUACUGCCUCAAACUGACAAGACCUUAAUCAAUUACAGGUAGUCUUCAAUUUACAAUCACAACUGGGAUUUAAAUUUCUGUCACUGAGCAAUGUGAUGAUUAAGUGAAUCGUGCCCAAUUUUGCAAUCUUUUUUGCCACAGUUGCUGAAUGAAUCACACAGUUAUUAAGGUUCCCCCAUUGACUUUGCUUGUCAGAAGCCCACUGGGAAAGUUGUAAAUGAUGAUCAUGUGACUUUGAGAUGCUGCAACCUUCAUAAAUACAUGCCGAGCUGCCAAACACCCACGUUUUAAUCAUUUGUCCAUGGGGAUGCUAUGCUGUGAUGGUCAUAAGUGCAAGAACUGGUCAUAAGUUGUUUUUUCAGUGCCAGCAUAACUUUAAACAGUUGCUAAACUUUUUUGGUAAGUUUUUUACUGUAAUUUUUGUUGUGGAUGCCAAAAAGGAUAACCAGUGUGUCUUCCUUUGCCUGUUCAGAUAUCUGGUAAUCCUAACCGCGUAUAAAACAAUCUUUGGAUUGCCAGAACUAUUUGUCCAUAUAAAUUAUUCACAUAUGGUAACUUUUGCCACAAUACUACUAGACAUUAAAAAGAAAACAUAUCUUUUUUAAAUUUUUGGUAAAUAGAACACUUGCACUUUUUUGUUUUAAUACCAUCAGGCUUACUGUUAGGGAAACAGCUUAACUUAUUAAUGAGGUAAAAGCUAUCAUCUGGUUUCUCUCAAGAUUAUUGUAUCUUUAUAUCUUUAGAGAACAAAAGAAGCUCAUCUUAAAGAAACAGGAGCUUUAUUUAUUAGGGGCUUCUGGGAAAGGUUCUCUUAUUAGCUGUCAUGCUAAGAGCUUAUUUAUGAGACUCUAGAUCUGAAUUAACUUUGGGAUGGUGGUACAAAUAAGGUCAGUUAGCAUGAGUAUGUUUUUAUGGUGUGCAAUAAAAAGCAUUAUGAAAUCUGAUUUCCGUCCUGGAGCUCAAGACUAGCUUUUUUGUAGGGUUGGCUAAUGGUGAGGUUAUUACAAGGCUUUAUUGAUUGCAACAUUUUAAAGUCUCCAGUUAGUCAAAUUAAAGCACUCAACUUUACUUCCAUAACCACCAAACAAUAUAUAUUCACUAAACUUUUCACUCCUCCUCAUACAUUUGAUAAAAAUGUUAGCUAUCAUUUGAUUGACCCUUUUUACAAAAGCUUAUUUGUAUCAUUUCUGACAAAUCAAUGUAGUUUCAUUAGUCCCUGGCACCUUGCAGUAUUCUGAAGCUAAGCAGGCUGUCCCCAUGCUGUUCUCAGAUUAGUGACAUACUACAAACAUUUCUUCGGAGUAGAAUAAUUUCCCACCAACUGAGGCUUCUCUUUGACAUGGUAAUUUUAAUGAGUCUGAUUUGAGGGAAAGCUUUCCUAUGCAGGAGUAAAUGAUCUGAAACUUGUGGUGUCCCUUCUAGGAAUACCAGUACAGAUUAAAAUCCUAUGUCCAUAUUUAAGGGGGAAAAGCUAACUGAUUAGUUUAAUAAUAUAUUAAUACUGAGGUUAAUUAAUAUAUGAGGAUAUUAAUUAAUUACUAUAUUAAUAUAUGUGGUUAUUAUUUUAAUGAGGUUAUAUAGGGUUAGUAAAAUCUAACAAAUGGAAUUUAAUAUAAAAUCUCAACAAAUUGCUUAAAUUCUAAUCUUAAAAUCACUAACAUGGAUAGCAUACUACUAUAGUUCUUAGGUGUGGUAGAAUCUCCUUAAUUAUGGUUUAAUCUGUAUGAAAGUAAAACCGAUUACUAAUGUUUUGUAGGUAAGUACAAAUCAGAUUAAGGAAGACAAAUUAUAUGUAAACAAAGAACUUGCAGAAUUCAUUUUUGAGAAAUGAGUCUAACUGUUCCCCAUUUUUUGUCUGAAAUGAAUACCACUUAAAUAGACAUAUUGAACUAAAGCAUUAGGGUAUGUCUCUUCCUUAAUUUAAUGAAUAUUUUAAUAAAGUUAUUAAAGAUUCGGGAAUAAUUUUUUUCAAAGGAACGUAGUUCUAUUCAUUUAUAAAGACCAAAUUAUUUUAGUUUGUCAUCUUUAUUAUUUUAUGAAGUCUAUCAUAUGUACCAUGGGAGACUUCAGUUUCAUGCAUCUGUAAAGAAUGCAAGAAAUAAUAUAUUUGAAAUUGUAACAUGUUCAUUUUAAAAUGUACAUUUUAAAGGGUUAAAUUCAAAACCAAACUAAUUCCUGUUGAAUGCUGAAUCAGUGAUUGGUAACAAUUGGUAACAAUUCAUGGAUUUUUAGAUUUGUGCAAUUUUAAGUAGAUAAUAUAUGUGAAGCUUAUCAGUGAAAUAUGGAAUAUGUAGAAGUUUCCAAAACUACUUCCAACUUAAAAAAACAAAACACCAGAUUCUCAAUUUAAGAUAAUUGGAUUUUGGGAUGUUAACUUCCCAAAACAUUGACCAUCCAUUUGUUUCAAACCAACAUUUUGGGGGCAGUGAUGUUCAUUUCAGAUAUACAUAUACAUAAUUUGACUUCUCAGUAGCUGAUUAUUUAGCAUUGAUAACCUAAAUGUGUGAUAAAAAUGUGUUUUUUCUCCCUUGAAAAAUUGCAAUGGAAAGAAACCUGAAUCUAAGAUAUUAAUUUUUUUCUGCCUUUCCCAUAAAUUUAAGUAGCCAUUUAUAAUGCAACUAUACAAUUAAAAUAACGUGUAUCUAGAAUAAACCUGAAAAUAAGAGUUAUGACUUAGCUAGCAUUAUCACGUUUAGGAUAAAUAUAGCAAUUCAGUAUCAUCAGGCAUAUUUGAUAUAAACUCUGGACAGUACAAUAUUCUUGACUUACAUAAAACUCACGUAAAUUUUGGUGGAGUCAUGAAGCCUUGUUCAUUCCAAUCAGAUUAAAAUUAUAUUUUACCCUUUUCUGUAAAAACUGUGGAGAUAGAUGUGGAUGUUAUCUCUGCUAUCACUGCAUUCUUCUAUAAGCCAUAUUAUAUAAAGAGGCCAAUGAAUUUGUAACCUCCAAUCCGUUCCCUCAAUUUCUACUUGUUGUCUUUUAUAUGUAGAACGGGAAGAAUAGCUGGAGAUAGAAAUAAAAUGAUAUCGCUUUUUCCCCCUGA